AUGUUGUUCGCACCCCUCCUGGCCUGCGUCGUAUGGCCAUCAUUUGCCGAAUCCGUCACCGCAGGCAAUGUCUCGACAUCCGACAUCACGCAAUCUGAUCAGAUCAUACAGCGCAAUGCUCUGAUUGAGUCAUACCUUGGACAUCGGCCCAUACGGGGGGUCAGGAAGAUGAGCGAUGAUGAGGGCGAAAAGUUCCUCAUGGAUUAUUGGCAAUUUGACGACGAGGAGAACUAUUCUACGAUCGGCAACUCGUCCAACACCGCCGAUGAGUUGACGUCGCCAGCCAGACGUUCUGAGAACCUACAAACGACGGAAGAAGUCGACUUUCAACCACAGACAUACCCCUUCAACCCCUCGUACUCGAGUGGUUUGGAAGGCGAGGGGCGCGGUUGGAGGGCGGAUUUCUCACCGCUUCUUCGGCGGGACUUCCGUUGUCCGAGCGGCACCUCCAACUGCACAUCGAUCGACCGGCCCGACAGCUGCUGCAGUACGGAUGAUACGUGCGUCCUGGUCAAGGACACCGGGUCCGGGGACGUGGGCUGUUGUCCGAAGGGCAAGACCUGCUCGGGCACCAUCGGCUCAUGUUCCGAGGGGUACUCCAGCUGCCCGUCAUCCAUGGGCGGCGGAUGCUGCAUUCCAGGCUAUGAGUGCGUUACUGGUGGCUGUAUGCGGGUCUUUACCAUCACGGUGACCGUGAGCUCGACCGUUAUGCUGUCCACCUCCACACAGACAGUUGCCGCGACUACCAACACGCUAUCCACGGGGGAUCUGAUUCCUCCCGCACGGCCUACGAGUGUGUCCACGGCCACGAGCUCCAGCACCAGCAAAACUACCAGCACCGCGACCGUGUCAGUCUGUCCGACGGGGUUUUAUGCCUGUUCGGCAUAUUACCAGGGUGGGUGCUGCCGGACGGGUCGCGAUUGCGACACCACAUCUUGUCCAGCGACGCCCUCGACGACUAUCGCUAGUGAUGGAGUCACUAUUGUGGUCCCGGUGACCACUGCCACGGGAGCCGCCACAGCGGCAACCACCAGCAGCAGCAGCAGCAGCAGUACGGGCCGAUGCGCGAGUGGGUGGUUUAGUUGCGCCGAUACAGUUGGGGGUGGUUGCUGUCCGACGGGAUACCGCUGCGGCUCCAGCUGUACGGCAGUCUCGACGGCCACGGAGACUGUCUCGAAGGAGCAACCGACGAGUGGAAGUCAAAAGAGAGGGGUGUCAAAAGGGAUGGCAGGAGUGAGCAUCGUAGUUGCAGUAGCUAUAACAGUC